CGCCUGUCAACAGUCCGAGGACUGAGCGACACGUUGAGAGAAAACCUGCUCCCAGGAUCUGAUCCCAGCCCGCUGGACCCGAACCUCUGUUCCCGAUCCACCAGCCUGCUUCUGUUCGCUGCUCCGGACCAGGAUGGAGCCCCCUAAAGACGCUCGCUGAACACCACUGACAUGUGAAACCCGAUGCGAGUCUCAGGCUGGGUUGGAUGGCACUGAGGAUACAAGACUGACUCAGUGGGAGAAGUGAAAUGACCAGCCAGCAUCCCCACCAUGCAGAGAGCUCUCACCCCACAGAGAAACAGCCACCUGCCGUGGCCCCGAAGCUCCACGUCCAGGGCUCGCUGUCAAAGGACACCAUCACCAUCCACUUCUCGGCUCUCGGGAAGGAGGAAGAGGAGGAGGAGGAGGGACUGUACCGCAGGACCGUCCCCGCCGCCUCCGCUGCCUCGAAUGAGUCCAACGUUGCGACAGCCAUAGAGGCAAGUGAGGAAAUGUUUGAAAGGACGCCCGUUGACUCAUCGGCUGCGGUCGGUGGGACAUGCGUUUCCACCAAACUUUCUCCAAGUCCCAGACGCCAAACUAGCAACUCUCCCACACAAACUCUGCCUUCACACGUUUAUGAGCAAAAACCUUCAGUUAGCAGUUAUUCCCCCUCAAAGUCUCGGAGUUUUCCCUCCACUGACAAACCUCCACUGAGUUUGGUGAAGUCCCUCUCCUCGGAUGUCGAGUCUCGCGACGGGGCCUCUGCUCCGUCUUCCUCACUGCGACACAGGCAUCUCAUGAAGAGUCUGGUCAAAUCUCUAUCCUCGGAUACGACCGCUGACUCAUCGCCUUCAUCCGCAUCCGGCCGCCUUCCCGAGUCCCGCCUUAAUCUGCAGCUUUUUAAGCAGUUUGCACAGUCCCGGGUUCCCUCCGCCAUGUCAUUAGUCAGCGACUCUAAGACGGCCCCUUCCUCGCCAAUGACCUCUCCAGAUAACCGCAGCUUCUUCAAAGUCUCGGAAGUCGAGGCGCGGAUCGAGGACACCAAGCGGCGUCUCUCUGAAGUCAUCGCAGAACCGCUGCAGCUGCUGAGCAAAAUAAUGGACGAGAAGGGCGGCAACUUAGUCGGCAGCAGCAUUUACCGCCCCAAGGUGCUCUCUGCCAGUGCCACGGAGCUGUCGACCAUCACCUCCAUCAACGGCCACCCGGAGAGCAACAAUAACUACUGCAUCCGGGAGGAAGAGGACUUGGAAGCUGAAAGCCCCAACAGCUGGACCUGUGUCGCGGCCGAAUCACCCGGGGACCCCCUCGUCGACACUAAAAGCCCCAGGAAAUCCCCCUCACUUUCCAUGUCCCUGGACAAGUGCUCCAUGUCUGCUCUGGCCAAACAGGAGGACGACGACUUCUGCAUCCUGUCCAGUGAGGACUUUGACUCCUGCGCCGACACGGACGCUGCUGACAGAAGUGAUUGUACUGGAAGUGGAAACCAAGUGCCAGAAGGCGGCAGUGCCGACCCGAACAGUGAUGAUGAAUGUGAAAGUGAGCCGGCGCCUGAUAUUCCACACUACACCCUGGCACUCCUCACCGUUGUGCUCUAUGGGUGUUUUGUAUUACCUCUGCCGAGCUACUGUGGAGGGGUGCUGCUCGGCGUCGGGCUGGGGUUCCUCUUAGCCAUCGGGGUCGUGUGGCUAACGGGUCCAAAGCGCUCUGCAGAUGGGAGACGGUCCACUAAGCAUGGAAAGCUGUGGACUAUCACCAAGUUGGACAUCAGAGAACCCGAAAUGCAUAAGGGCUGGAUGAAUGAGAUCAUGAACUAUGACCCGGAGACGUACCACGCCACGCUGACCCACUCCGUGUACGUCCGUCUGGAGGGCCCCAUCAUCCGUCUGUCCAAGCCCAACCACAACGUCGCCCGCCGCGCUGCACACAACGAACCAAAGCCCGACGUGACCUACGUCAGUCAGAAGAUCUACGACCUCACCAACAGCAAGGUGUAUCUAGUGCCUCAGAGUUUGGCCAGGAAGAGAGUGUGGAAUAAGAAGUAUCCCAUCUGCAUCGACCUGGCCAGGCAGGACGACUUCAUGUCGAAGGCGGAGGGCGACCGCUGGGAGGCCAGCGAGGCCCCGGGCCCCAGGGACGGGGCAGAGGGGGGAGGAGGGCUGCAGGAGCGAGGACCCUCCUCCUCCAGAGACCUGACGCUCUACCUGUUCGGGAGGACUGGGAGGGAGAAGGAGGAGUGGUUCCAGAGGUUUCUGGCAGCCUCUAAUGUCAAGCUGGACUUGAAGAAAGCUUCCUCUGUCAGCAGCAGCAAGAAAGUUACGAGCUCCCACAGCCGCAGCAGCAGCCGCAGCAGCCUGGAUGACGUGCUGACCUCCCGCUCCAAGGACCCCUCGUCCUCCUCCUCGUCCUCCUCCGCAGCAGCAGCGGGCGGCGCCAGGACCAGGCCCCUGCUGGACUACCACGCCUACAUGGGCUCCCUCCUGCCCAGGCAGCUGGCCCUCAGCGCCUCGGCCAGCAGCCCGGCCCUGCAGAGCCUGCAGAGCCUUCAGAGCAGUCCUGGGGCCGAUAAAAAGCUUCAGAGCCCCGCUCCGGCUCAGGUGCAGCCCCAGGGGGAGGACGAGGACGAGGACUCCGUUGCCUGGCUCAACGCAGCGCUGGGCCGGGUCGCCUGGGACUUCCUGACCGAGCCCUACUGGGGAGAACUGGUCUCCAGGAAGAUUCAGAUGAAGCUCAGCAAGAUCCGGUUGCCUUACUUCAUGAACGAGCUGACUUUGACUGAACUGGACAUGGGCUCAGCCACUCCCAGAAUCCUCGGGGCAUCUACACCCUACGCCGACCAUCGAGGUCUGUGGUUUGAGCUGGACGUGUCCUACAGCGGCUCCUUCCUGAUGACGCUGGAAACCAAGAUGAUCCUCAACCGCUUGGGAAAGGAGGGGGACGGCCUCCGCCUGGGGGAGCUGGGGAAAGAAGGACCCAGGCCUCGGACGUACUGCCUGGCUGACAGUGAUGAGGAGUCUUCCAGCGCAGGUUCCUCAGAUGAGGAAGAUUCCUCAGACGUCUCAAGCGAAGCAGCUGGAGCUGACGGUUUUGUGGGAGGACAUAAGCCGAGCAAGAUCAUGCGCUUUGUGGACAAGAUCACCAAGUCCAAGUACUUCCAGAAGGCCACGGAGACGGAGUUCAUCAAGAAGAAGUUGGAGGAGGUGUCCAACACGCCUCUGCUGCUCACGGUGGAGGUCCAGCAACUCCAGGGAACGCUGGCCGUCAACAUCCCGCCCCCUCCCACCGACAGGAUAUGGUAUGGAUUCAAGACUCCACCGCACCUUGAGCUGAAGGCCCGGCCCAAACUUGGGGAGAGAGAGGUGACUCUGGCUCAUGUUACAGACUGGAUAGAGAAGAAACUGGAGCAAGAAUUCCAGAAAAUCCUGGUGAUGCCAAACAUGGAUGACCUGUGGCUGACUAUCAUGCACUCUGCCAUGGACCCACGCAGCGCCGGCGGCCCCCCGGCCGCCCCCCCGGCCAACCCGGACCCCCCCUCGUGCGGGACGGAUGACACCGGUCAGCCUUGAAGAUUGUUUGUUUACAGUAUUGCGUGAAGUUUAUGACAUCUCAAAAUGGAAACUGGAGCCAAAGUCUUUAGCUGGGACACUAUUGUAAUAAAACCACAUUCCCUGGGCGAGCUGCUUUCUCACCCGCCACAUGAGAAAUUCUAUGAAUUUUACACAAAAGAAAUAAGCGAUGAAGUUGACCAAGUAGACACUGAAGACAAACUGUUGCUUGCUGCUAUGUUGUUAAUGCUCAUGGAUGAUAAGACCUUAUCAGAGAGCAACCGGUAUCUGAAGGAGGGUCAUGGGUUGCUGAAUAAAGGCUGACAUAUACUGUACUGGUAUAUAGAAGUAAGUAAUCAUUGAUGGGGAUUCAUUCACCAGGUACCUUACAGUCUGCUGACCAGGAUGCAGCUUUACAUGCGGCACGUAGACUCAGAGUGUGGUAAUAUAUUGACUUUAGAGGAGUUUUAUAGUGACACAGGUUAACACACACAUGUGAGAUGCUCGGAUACUUGCCGUUAGGUUUUUUUUUUUUUUUUAAAUCAAAUCAGGAGUUGAUCAACAGUAUUGCUUUGUGCUGUGACCUGACCUUGUUUGACUGCCAAACCCCCGUCUCCUAUGCCACUGAUGCCGUUAACCGUACCUGCAUGUGUGGAAGUCGCUCCAGAGCAGGUGAUGUAGUACGAGUGUCGUUCGCGGUUUUGAAUUCCCGAUUAAUGACCGAUGCCUAACACUAUAGUGCAAUGAUAGAGAUGCUGCAGGCUUCAGUGUGAUCCUGUAUAGACUGUUUAUAGGAAGUGUACGCCUGACGAAGAGUACGAGGCCUCUAUCGCGUCUAUUGAAUGUAUGUAUGGAUGUUUUUGGUUCUAGUUCUUCGUGAAUGAACAUAUUUUUACCUAGAAAUUUGACUGGGGAUAUGCAAAUAAUUGCACAAUACAUGUUUGUUUUCUUUUUUUUUUUAUUUUAAUUAACCUUACAUAUCUUUCUGAAUGUGUAAAUGAAUGACUAUGCUUACAGAGUGUUGCAUUCGUCUGUGCAUCACUUGUACCUAACGGUAUAUUUAUGUUGGAGAUGAAAUUGGGAGCGAGUUGAAAUGACCACUUUAAAUGUGACAGUGCUUUAAAAAGACUCUACCUGCCAUGCUGUGUGUGCACGGACGCCGCAGGGCGUGUUUAACAGCACUCAAGUUAAGCUGCAGACAGAAUUCACGACGGACCUGCUGCCUAAAACGUGUAGCCAACAGCAGGUUCCUUUUUCUACAAAACUCUUAAAUAGCCAAAGGCCUUUAGAGCUUAAUCCCUCUCUGUGCGUACAGGUACACGUCUACUAUUGCUAAAGCAUUUGGAGCUCAUAUUUACAAAUGUCCUGCAAAAAUAAAUGUGUUAACUUUGUUUACAGGAGUCCUUGCCUUGUUGUCUUUUCCGAUCCUUGUUAGGAUGACGAAACACUGUAACGCAGCUGAUCUUUGCAGUGUUUCUUCUCCUCUACCUGCUUGUCUCUAAGUAUUUUUGAAUGAUUAUGUAAAGUGGGUUCUGGCUUCGGUUUUUGUAUACUACUUUAGUGUAACCAGAAUGAAACAAGAUUUUUGAGGACAUAUGAAGAUCAUGACAUGAUUUGUAUCUGUGAAUUGUGAAUGACUUUUUGAUGAUUACAUGUGUAAUUUUAAGGCCAAAUUCAGUAAUUAUGUGUAUCUGCCUUAUUUAUAGAGCACAAUAAAUCUGUUAAU